UGAAAAUGUCUUUCCACACCCUAAAGGCUGAGAGGAGAGACGUUCAGCUGCAUUCCUCUUCUGUCCAAGUAAACCAGCGUAUGGAUUGGCUCUGAACAAGUGAUUGUGGUGAAAAACCCAUCUUAGAAGUACAGUCUGACUGUGAGUUUUCACACUUCAAUUUGUUUCAAACAGCACACUGGAGGGGGUGGAGACAUCAACAAAACUCAAGCGCUCCGACAGAAGAAGGUCCCUGGCUUUGACAGUUCCACAGGGACACCAUGAUGUCCCAGGAGGAACCUCAGGAGGGACUUUCAACCCUGACCAAGGUGACAGGACCCAGCUCCUGGUCCCGGGUCAGUUGCCCCUGCUGUAUCUCCAACCAUAUAGAACCUUUGGUUCUGAUCCAGCUGGCUGAGAAUGUCCAGCCCAUCACCAAACAAUGGAUCAUGUCCAUGAUAUCUGCACCUGUGAAGGCUGGAGGGGCUCAAUUGUUAGUUCACCCCGGUGAGGACAUGAAAGGGGACAUGAUAGUUGUGGCGGCCCCUCGCUGUACCCUUCUCAGGGUGACUGAGGACCUGGGACUCUGCAAAACCUACCAGGAUGGAAACAUGACGGCUUUCUCCUUUGAGGACCGUGACAACUUUUGCAACAUUGACAACAUGCAGCAGUUCCUGACGCUGGCCGAGAGGCAGUACAUCGUUAAACAUGAAUUGGAUUCCAUGAGAGCCAUGGAGGACCAGCGUAUCCCAGGAAUCCCAGCACCCAAAGGGAAGUUAAAAGCCAGAGAGAGCAUCUUACAGAAGCUGGAGAAAGCAGGCGUGAUCCGUAACAUCACCCCUCUUCAUGACCAGAAGCUGCUGUUGGCUCUGGGGAAGCAGUGGUACACUCACAAGAGUCUGUGGGGGCAGCCUUUAGACUCCAUCCACACUUAUUUUGGUGGCACUAUAGCCUAUUAUUUCAGCUUCCUGGACUUCUACACUUUGGCAUUAUUUCCUCCAGCCAUCCUAGGCCUCUUCAUCACCUUUUUCCUCCCUAGUGCAAACUUCUCCAAUGGAAAUAAAACUGACAGCGAGCCGACACUGCCGAAGCAUGACGAUGAGCAGCCUUCAGUCAGCUCCUACAUGGUGCAGGCAGUCUUCAGCAUGCUGUGGUCCACGGUAUUCAUGGAGCUGUGGAAGAGGAGGAGCGCGGCUUUAUCCUAUCACUGGGGCACUUUCAAUUUAGCUGAACAAUUUCAAGAGCCCAGACCGGGUUUCCAUGGAGAACUCAGCACCAAUCCGGUCACGGGCAGACUGGAGCCACUGUUUCCUGAAUGGAAGAGGAGGCUUAGGAUAGGUGUGGUGUCAGUGCCCGUGGUUGGGGUGUUUUUGGGUCUGGUGGUCAUGGGGAUGGCAGGUUUCUACUUCUUUGAGCGCCUGGUCUCAGGCUGGCACAAAGCAUCUGAAUCAUACUUCACAGCAGUCCUGCUGUACCUCCCUUCUAUAGCCCAUAUACUCUACACUAAUGUGCUUGGGAAUAUAUAUCGCAACGUGGCCUUGCAGCUAACAGAAGUAGAAAAUCAUAGGGAGGCAUCAUCUUUUGACUAUCAUCAUACCACCAAAGUCCUUGUGUUCACCUUUUUCAAUAACUUUGCUGUGCUGUUCCACAUUGCCUUCUUCAAGGAGGACUUGCCUCUGCUGCGCAAGAGACUUUCCUCUCUUUUGAUCGUGACGCAAGUGGUGAAUCAGUUCACUGAGGUGGUGGUUCCUUUCCUGGUGGACCGUUUCCUCACAUCUGCAGACAGAAACCUGAAGGAAGAUGAUCCAGAGGUGGACCAUCUCCAGGCUCAGGGCAGUCUGCCGGCUUUCCCAGGCCUGUUUGCUGAAUACAUCGAGCUUCUGGUUCAGUUUGGCUACUUGAGUCUUUUCUCUUGCGUCUAUCCUCUCACUGCCCCUCUGUUACUGCUCAACAACCUCACAGAGAUCCGCACAGAUGCCUACAAGCUCUGCAAGCUCUUCAACAAGCCAUUUUCUGCCCCUGUGGCCAACAUGGGCGUAUGGCAGCUGGCAUUUGAGGUGCUGAGUUUCAUCUCGGUCAUGUCUAACUGUUGGCUGCUGCUUCUGUCCCCACAAGUGAAGGAACUCACAGAGGAUGCCGGUCUCAGCAGCAGCAAAGUUCUCGUCAUUGCCGUCAUUGUGGAGCAUGUCCUGAUCAUGGUGAAGAUGAUUUUGGCCGUCAUGAUCCCUGAUGAACCGGACUGGGUCCGAAUCAAGAGAGAACAAAUUGAGUAUCACUCCAUGCAAGCACUUAAGAAACAGAGGAUCAUGCGCUCUCGUGUGGAUGAUAAACUCCCUUCGAAGGCCUAAAUGGAAGAGUGACCAAAGACUAUUUCCAUAGAGACAAUCACAAGAAGGGAGGCACUUGGCUAUAAAGUCAUAUUUAGCUUGCUAAUGUACCAUAUGGCACAGUGUACCAAAGAUAGCUUCUACAGUUUACAGGGUUUUUAAGCCCAUGUUAAUAAUUGUUUGCAUCAGUGGUACCUUUCUGAAAACUACUGGAAAGGGAUUAUUAAGGUCAAGGAAGAUAAUAUUAUGAUAGUGGGUAAACUUGGAGACAUAUUGUGCUGUAUUAAUGAUUUUAAAACAAAAGUUCACCACAAUCACUAUGGAAUAGCUCAUUUAAUUUUUUUUCUUGAUGUUUUGUUUGUUUUUACUUGAUUUUUCAUUAAUACAUUGUGAUAAUGAUUUUAACCUUUGUAUUUUUUACAUUUCAUCAAAAGUGAUUGUAUUAUUACAGCUGAGUUUGCUGGUAUAAAUAACUAUCAAAUGCUUGCUUGACUGAAUAUGUUAUGUAAACGUUUAGUGAUGUAAGUGGGCUUGAAGAAACUGAGAAAACCACAUCAUACAAUAAAUAACCAUACAUGAAGAUCACUGUGGAGUUGUGCACUAAUCCUUUUUUUUUUUUAAACGACAACACAAGAGGCAGUUUAAUCAGUUUUAAUAAAUAAAUAUAAAAAUAAAUCUCAUUGAGACAGUCAUAGUUUUAGUAAGGGUCAAUGGGACUAUAGACAAACCCAAAUCCAAUGUUCGCUGUAAAGCGAUUAGAUAUUUGAAGGAUGAAGACCCAUGUCAAAUGUGAAACUUCAAAAUAAGAAGAAAAUAAAAUGCUGAUUAUGAAAAUAUAGUGCAUGUCUGGCUUUAUAUCAUUCUGCCCUCUGAUUGGUCCAGAAGGUUGUACUUACAAAUCAUCCCAGGUCAGGAUGGCUGUUCCUUGAUUAAACGUAGUAUGGGAAUGAAAAUUCAAAUUUCAGAAGUUAUGGAGAUGUAAUUUGUCUAUAUAGGCCUAUAUUUCUUGCUAUCUCUCCCCAAAGCACCCCUUACAUCUGUUCUUGUGCAUUUGGUCAAGCUUAUCUGUGGUCCAAGAUAUUGCAACAAAAAUAUCUGACAUUUGCACUUUCAUUGUCUACAUGUGACCAAAAAAUAAAUAAAAAUAUUUCCCCGGUGACAGGUGCGCAGAAACUUACGAUCAUGUGAAAUGACUGAAUAGCUUUGACGUCCUUUAGAGUACCAAAGUAACAGUAACCACAGUCACAUUUGCUGUCUAAAUGUUUGAGAUGUGUUUAAGCUGUUUAGGAGGUAAAAACAACAGUAACCGCUAGUUUCACUCAUGCCAUUGCAACAUACGAAGACUGGAUUUUGUCAAUGUACAGUACAUUUUAAGCUAGACUCAGCUACGCUAUUUAGCGUUACAUUAGCAUACAGCUCUUCAAAUGUAUUUACAACUAUGACACAAGAAACUAUAUGACCUUUUUGUCAGUCAACUAGUGUCUUCAAACUGCUACGUUCACUGAAUAAGAUCUAAAAUGGAGGGUUGAUAUGCUUGGUAUGUAUACGGUGCAAGGGUCAAAAUAUGUACACAUUGUACAUGACUGGAUAUUUCAAACAGCUUAUCCCCUUACAAUGCAUGUUAAAGGUCCACCCAGAGGCAGAUGAUUAAAAAAAAACAGAAUGUAAUGUUAUAAAUCUCCCUCUCAUAUCUCAUGUAAAAAAAGAAAGGAAA